CUGCAGCAGUGCCACGACCUGGGUGGCCAGCUGGGCGCUGCAGUGUAUGGCUGUGGGGGGCCCCCCCCGCACUUGGGGCUUCCGAAGUCUUGUGAAAAAAAAAUAAAAGUUUCCAAAUGGUAUUAUGUUGGGGGCCCCUUCGGGGCCUCUUCUGCUGCUCAGAUGCAGCGCGAAAUUUGGCUCAAAGGGCCCCUCGCGGUCUCCAUUGAGCCCCCCCUUCCCUCGGCUCCAAAUCAGGGCGACUGCGGCUCUUGUUAUGCCAUAACAAGCAGCACUGUUUUGACUUCAAGAGCUUCUUUCUCUUCUUAUCGCGGGGGAGUCUUCAAAGAGCCCUACACCAGCAUUCGGCAAAGGGGCAAAAACUGGACUUGGGAAAAAGCAAUGGUGGUGGUGGGGUGGGGUUGGGAGCGGGAGGGGCCCCUGUGGAUACCCUUUUGGAAAAUUCGAAACUCAUGGGGCCCCUCUUGGGGAGAAAAGGGUUUUGGAAAAGUCUUGAGGGGCCUCAACGAAAUAGCAAUUGAAAGAGUUGCUGUUGCUGCUGAAGUCCUGCUCUUCAACGGCAACACCCUCGUCCAGCC